AUGGAUUCAAAGCUGCCCUCUCAGGAGGACCCGCCAUUCGGCGUCAAUAAACAUGAAUCACAAUGCGAAUUAACUGAUUCCCUGAGUCGCCUGACUUUGGCGACAGCGACCACCACCCCGUUGCCUCCGUCGCCACGGUCAAAUACUCCCUCUCAUCUUCCCAUUCGACUAGCUCCGGUGCUUCCCCAACCUGCUCCGUCGACCGCUGUACAAGAUCAGAUACCACCAGUGCCUGCACUUCCCCCAAUUCCUCCAAUCCCCGCUACCCCUCCUGCGCAUGCUAUUGCUGGUCCACGAUCGAGUUUCGGUGCGCGCCGCAAGUCACUCCCCGCGUUGCAGAAACGUAAAUCAGCUGGGUCUCUUCGCUCCGUCUCCGGACCGCAUAAGCCUGCUUCGCCAGUUCCGGAUCCUUCGCGCCGCACCUCACCCAGCUCCGUGUCUCCGUCGAGUCUAGUUUCGCCCAGCAUGUCUACUGCGCGUCUUGCAUUCGGCCCGACCCCCGAGCCACCUGCCCCAACUCCGACGUCUGUGGCGGCCGAGCACUUCGCUCAGGAGCUCGCCUUGCACCAAUUGAAUGAUCUCCCCACCAAGACGGCGGUGGUUAUGCACGAGGCCUGCUAUGGACAUCGCUUUGAGCGCCUUGACGCGAAGCAGUCCCAUUUAGACAGUAUAGUCGAACGGCCUGAGCGCAUUCGCGCCUGCACUGCCGGUAUCUCUAUGGCAUACGUUCGUCUCGGUCUUCGAUACGCCAAUGAGCAAUUUGCGCCAAACCCCCAUCGUCCCCUGGAUGACCAAAAUGUGCCUUUCCGCAUUCUUCAAACGGCCCGCAGGGUCCACCUGUCUGACACUGCAGUGACAAAUGUCCACGGAACCCAAUGGAUGUCUGAGUUGAAAUGGAUGACCGAACGCGCCGAGGAGCGCAUUCUUCUCGGGACCAGCGAAAACGCACGCCAGCGAACUACCGGAGACGACGGUCUGGCCAUGAGCGGCCCUGCUUUGUCUGAGAACGACCUUUACCUCUGUCGCGAGUCUCUCGACGCCUUCGAAGGAGCAUUGGGAGGUGUCUGCGAUGGAGUGGAUGCCGUAUUUAACCCUACUUCGGUUGAACGUGUCUUCGUCUGUAUUCGACCUCCUGGUCACCACUGUUCGACCAAUUUCCCCUCCGGUUUCUGUUGGAUCAACAACGUUCAUGUCGGAGUCUCCCACGCGGUCACCACCCACGGUCUGACGCAUGCUGUCAUCCUGGACUUUGAUCUUCACCACGGUGAUGGAUCGCAGGAUAUAACCUUUGAACAUAACUCGAAGAUUCUCAACAAGGACCAACAGGCCUUCUACAAGGAGUGGGAGAAGAGAAACAAGAAAAAGUCUUCAGAGCUGGCUGAAUUUGAGAAACUCACUCCCUACGACAAAACCCCCAUCGGUUACUACAGCGUUCACGACAUCAACUCCUUCCCCUGCGAAGGAGGUGACCGCGACAAAAUCCUCAACGCCAGUCUCUGCAUUGACAACGCUCACAACCAGUCCAUCUGGAAUGUCCACUUCGAAACCUGGGACAGACCGGAUGAGUUCUGGAACCUAUACCGCACAAAGUACCUUAUCCUGCUCAGCAAGGCUCGUUUAUUCCUCCGCCGCCACGCAAAACAACUCGCCGAGGACCACGCCAAGGACCCAGCGACAGGCCCACCACCCAAGGCCGCUAUCUUCAUCUCUGCUGGAUUCGACGCGAGCGAGUGGGAGGGACGUGGCAUGCAGCGCCACACCGUGAACGUCCCCACCGAAUUCUACGCCAAGUUCACGGCAGACGUGGUGCGCAUGGCUCAGGAAGAAGACCUCGGCGUGGACGGACGAGUGAUCAGCGUCCUGGAAGGCGGAUACAGCGACCGAGCCCUGUCCUCUGGAGUCCUCAGUCAUCUCUCAGGCUUGGGCGAAGGAACCGGUCCAGCAUUUGACCAACGCCGCCGCCAAACCCCCGCUCCCCCAACAAGCCCUGCUCAUGCCUACACCUACAAUUCCGACUGGUGGGCACCGAGUAACCUCGCAGAGCUAGAAAUAGCAAUGGCACCAAAGAAGGGCCGCACCAAGGCGCCCACAACAUACCUUGCGCCAACCGAAUCCUUCUCCGCAAAGGUCGUCGGAACAGGACAGAACCGCAAGUCAUCCGGAGACGCCGAAACCGACCUCCUAAUCCCCCCAGUCCCAGAAGUGAGCUGGAUCACUGCCACUUCCGAGCUGUGCAAGCAACUCAUUCCUGCCCGGCGAACCACCAGCUGCCGCCCCGCCGAUCUCACCGGUGAAGCUACGCGCCGCCGCCACCAAUACUGCGGCACCCCCUACCCAACCGACCCCGCGGAGGGACGCAAGCUACGCACCCGAAAGCCAAAGUCGGAGACCGCGGCCCCGGCGACCCCUCGCCCUGCUACACCCCGUCGGGUUCGAAAGACUCCGAAAACUACCACUGCCGCCACCACUACCGGCACCGCGGCCGAGCUGUCCCCCUCGGUGGGCGCGACCCGUCGCAAGGCGGGUCGUCCCGCCACCCCUCGCCGGGGAACCUCUCGCUCGGAGUCCCCGGUACCCCCGACUCCGGGGUUGGAGAAGGGGGUACCGCAGCGGCUGAUCCUCCUGCAGCCCAAACCAGAGGGCCAGGCCCAACGGCCCUCUGGGGGGUCCAAGUCGCCGCGGUCGGGGAAGAAGAAGGGGAAGUCGGUGGGGGAUCCCCCGUGUUGA